UACACGUAUUGGGACAGAAUAUUUCAAUUACACAUUACCAUGUAAACAUAGAAGAUUAAAGAACAUACACAUUAAUUUAAGUACAAGUUAGGAUAAAAAUUAUAGCAUCGAAACAAAUUGAGAAAGGAUAAAAAAGGCUCCAGCAUAAAAACAGGAUAAUAAACAUAGAAUAAAAAAAAUGGGAUCAAAAAUAUGAAUGUAUAAGUUGGGAUGAGUACAGAUACGGUAGUUGAAUAAACAAAUGAAAAGAACAACUGUGAGACAUCAUAAUGAAUAAAAUGGCUUUGAUGAGAAGUCCAAGCCGCACCCAACUCCGACUUAUUCUCAUUAUAAUGCUAGGCCUUGCAUUUAUCACAUUAGUCAUUUCAAAUAUUGGGAGGAGACUUUUCAAGGAAACGCCAGCUGUCUUAUUUUCUUCCUCUGAACUUUCCCGCUUCAAAGAAACGUUGGCGAAAUGGCCCAAUAAACCAAAAGCUGUAAUUUACUUUCUAGUUCAGGGGAAUCCUAAUAGUUGGGCUAAAUUUGGUAAAUCUUUAAAAUUACUGGAUGCUAAUUUUAACGGAGUUUAUAGAUAUCCUGUAGUUGUAUUUCACGAGACUGGUGUAACGUUUCAGCAAAUGAAUGAUCUUAGAAGAGAAACUAGUUCUGAUGUUUAUUUCCAGUUGGUCGUUUUCAAUGUGCCACAGUUUCUAACUGAAACGCCACCUAACCGGACCGCAUGUUCUAAACAUGGAGUUGGUUAUCGUCACAUGUGUCGUUUCCAUGCAGGAACCGUUUACGACCAACCUGUAUUUAAUGAUUUAGAAUUCUACUGGAGAUUGGAUGAUGAUUCACAGAUCCUCAGGCCGAUAAAUUAUGACGUGUUUUCUUUCAUGAAAAUCAAAAACCUGUGGUAUGGUUACAUUCUUAUUACGCACGAACCGCAGCAAUGCGUGACUGGACUGUGGGAGCUGACUGAAGAUUACCUUCAUAGUAGUAAAAUACAGACACCACAAAGCUUUUACAAAUGGAAAAAGAGAAAUAUGUUUUACAACAAUUUUGAAAUCUCUCGAGUUGAUAUAUGGAAAAAUGAUAAUUACGUCAGGUAUUUUGAUCACGUGGAUAAAUCAGGAGGAAUUUAUUAUCAUAGAUGGGGUGAUGCUGUUAUCAAAGGUCUCGGAGUCGCGAUGUUUGUUCCUACUGAAAAGACACACUGUUUUGAUGAUAUCAAAUAUAAACAUGGUUUCUGGGAUGUUAGUAUGAGGAGCUUACCUUCGUGCAACAUAAAUAUUCCACAUAGAAGAACUAGACAUUGAUAAUGCCUGAAAUUAGACUAUGAACUAUUUGGGAAAAUCAAAGUACAUGUGUAUUCAUUAUACGACCUUCAAAGGUCAUUAAAGGUCAAUCAUCAUUAUGAUGCACAUUUCUACCUUAGGUUUGAGGAAUAUGAAUGUACCUGAUCUUUUACUCUUGCAUCAAGUUUCUGGAUUCCCCAACCCUUAUGUACAGGAAGACUAAUAUUUGGUAAUAUUCUUUAAUGUUUUGAAUGCCUAUUACCAGGAAGAAUCAUCUUUGAAACUUGAAAUGUUUUUUUUGUGUUUUGUGAAAUGUGUUUUGAUAUAGAAAAUAAAAUAUAGAAUACACAUGAAAAAUGUAAGGUAAUGGUUACUCCAUAAGAACAAGAAAUGUUUCAAAGUGGCAUAGAAAUUUUUCAUAUUUGAUCUGCUGUUCUC